CUCAUCAUGCUUAAAAAUUUUCACAAAUUGCAAAAUACUUGCCUGACAUACAACUUAUAUUUACCACGAUUUUUAUGCCAAGAAAAUUCUAAAAACCUGGAUAUUAAAAAUGAUAGUCAAUGUAAUGCAAGUGUUGAUUCAAAUACUUCAAUAAAUCCUCAAAGUGAUAGUGGUAACGUUUUUACCAGAAUUUUAAAAGGAAAUAAAACUGAUAAUACAAAUAAAUCUGCAAACGAAGAAAAUUCAUUAGCUCUAGAAAAUCAAAAACUUAAAGAAAGCAUGCAAGAUCUAAAUGAUAAAUAUAAAAGAGGAUUGGCUGAUAUGGAAAAUCUGAGGCAAAGAAUGCAAAAUGAAUUGGAAAAGGCAAGACUUUAUUCAAUCCAGGGAUUUUGUAAAGAUCUCAUUGAUGUAGCUGAUAUAUUAACCAAAGCUUGUCAAAGCAUUCCACCUCACAUACAUGAAAAUUUACAAAAACUAUCAAUUCCUCACCAAUCUUCUGAUAAUACUGUACCAGAAAAUAUAGAGGAACUUCAGGCUAGCUUUAGUGAUCUUUAUCAAGGCUUACUUAUGAUGGAAAAAGAGUUACAAAAGGUUUUCAAUAAACAUGGGCUAUCACAAAUAAAUCCUCAAAAAAAUGAAAAGUUUGAUCCAAAUAUUCAUGAAUCAUUAUUCCAAACCUCCACUGAUCAAGGACAAAAUCAGAAAAAUAUUUCUGGUGGAAUAUCAAAAGUUACAAAAGUUGGUUAUAAAUUAAAAGAUAGGACAAUAAGACCUGCUUUGGUAGGAGUGUUUCAAUAAUAUUUACAUUAUUUAAUAAAUUGUAU